UUAGCGGUUUCGUUUCCUCUGUUAAACACAAAGAACUAGUUUUUUGCUGCUUCUGCUCUGUUUACGGUUUACCACUCCUCGCUCUCCAGCUUGGCGAUCCGAUUUCACUUUAAGUAUUUGCGAACAGUGAAACAGACUUCACUUCACGUUGAUUAGUGGUCGUAGCUUUUCGGUUGUCUUCCUUUGUCUUCGAUUUGCCGUUUUCGCUUUGAUUCCAGCUCGAGAACUUUGUCCGCGAAUUGUGAAACAAAGUCAAAGAUCCACAAAAGCAAAAUGUCUGAACUGACGAACUAUAGCGACGAAGAAAUCACUGUGACUUCUUCGACUAUUAUUGACAAGUUACCGAUCGCUACGGAUGUGCCGAUGCCGUUAGCGUCGGCCUUUCCAUCGGGAUCGAAUUUUUUGGCGGGAUCCCGCUCGAAGAAAUCCAAAUCCAAGGCAGCUAAGCUCCCGAAAGAGACGGCUGGAAAGGAAACUGAUGCAGCGUCAUCCCGCUCGAAAAAGAAAGCCAAGGCCGAACCGGGAACUCGGAAGCCGCGUAUGCUGACUAUGGCGCAGGUAACGAAGAAGCUACAGCAGGCUGGUGUGGAGGAUUUGGAUACGGUUAGCCACUGCGUCCGAGUUGGGAUUGCUCGGCAUUUCAUCAAGCUGGAAAGCGCAGCCGACUUGGAUGCCGUUCUCGUCAGCACAGUAUGCGAUGAGGUCUUUGGAACAGAUUGCAAGACUAAAAUCGACGUCACCUUGAAAAUGGUUUUGCGUCAAAAGGACAAUGGAUCUGAUGAAUAUUACGGAGGAGAUGAUUAUGCCGUGCGUUGCAGCGCCUGCAACCAAGGAUACUACGUCAACGAGUUGUGCGCUGGACAGCCAGGGUUCUGCGAUGGGAAAUUUAUGCACCACUGCGUGCAGUGCAAGAAAUGCGUGGGAGACGUGCGUAAUGAUCACUGUGAUGAAUGUGGCAAGCAUUACUUUGCGGGAUCAAUGGGCAAUUUUUCGUGCCCCUGUCAAGAUGGAUUUGGACGCCGCAAGGGGGGUAAAGGCCGCAAGUCAGGUUUGAAUUUGAAGGCGCUCUUGUUUCCCUUUUUAUGAAAAGGCCAGAGACGAACAGACAAAGGCAUGCUUUGCAGUGGUGUGCAUCACAUUGAUAGGUCACCAGCAACUGGUGGUUUCUCGCGAUUUAAUUGUUGUGACGUUUAGAGUCGGUUUAGACUGAGAUAAUAAUUUCUGGAGAAGCUUUUCGAUUUCCACUUUUAUCACAAUCAUGGCAAUAUUGUUAGAAUGAUUCAAUGAUAUGAUGAUCUAUUGCUUUUUAGCGCAGUAUUGUUCUUGUAACUUAGCACUCUGUUAAAUGUUAGUGUUUUGCAUAAUUAACAGUUUAGGCGCUUCUGUUUUUUGUUUUUGUUCCAAAAACGAUUUGACUGUAUGCCAUAAAAGCGCAUUAAUAAAAUAAAAUGCCAAC